AUGUCCUUGAGGAACGAGGACGCCAGCGCAUUGAGACUGCAAGACCUAGCCAAGAAGGUUAACCUCACGCCGCGGUACUUCCACAAGAUCUUCAAGGACAAGACGGGGUUGACGCCGAAGGAGUACGCAAAGAGAAAGGCGAACGAGCGCAACAGCCCCAGCACGCUAUCGACAUCGGCGACAGCAGCAGAUGGAAGUAUUCAGUCUUGGGAUUGGGAUACGUUCGAUUUCAAUGAUCUAGUCGACUUGGGUACAGACUCGAGUGCCCACAACACGGAUGAUCUCGCCGUACUCGAAGGGGAAUCCUCUAUGAUCAAUCCCGAUCUCGACUUCGACAUGACCAACUUUAUCCAGUCUUGGAGCGACAGCUAUGCGUUCGAUCAAUCGAUCUCGUGGCCUGCCGGCUGCGGCAACCUUGCCGACCCCUUCCUAGGGUUGCCAGACACGAUGGGCUUGUACGAGAAGGCGAGGCCGUCCGUCUCCACACUCGAGUUGGAUGCCGCGGCCUUAUUCGACAGCGAUAGCGCAAGCAGUACUCUGCAGACGUAG